GGAGUCGGAGAAUUUUCGUCUUCGAGGGGAAAAAAUAAAUACGCUAAACUUCGAAAUUGUCAAAUCUACUUCGAGAACAAGUUAACGAACGGUGAAUUCGAGUAAAAAGCUGAUCUGGUUAUAACUUUUAAAGUGAAAUUGAUCGUGAAAAAACAGAGAGAGAGAUGGUAGCAGAAGCAGAGGUUGUGUUUCAACAGAGUUUGCCGGUGGUUCUGGAUAUUGACGGGGUUACUUCCGCCGUCGUAUCUCCGCUUUCUUCUCCGAAAUUGGGUAUCCGUCGGUCGGCGGCGUCGGUUUCCGGCGGUUUGUCGACUUCUCCGGUGCAGGAGGAUGAUUGCGAUUCCACUAUCCCGGUUUAUAUUCCAACCAUCCGGUCUGGGAGCUACGCUGACAUCGGACCAAAGAGAUCCAUGGAAGACGAACACAUUUGCGUAGAUGAUCUAUCCUCCCAACUUGGCUGUCUUUUCCAGUUGCCAAAGCCAAGUGCUUUCUAUGCGGUUUUCGAUGGUCACGGAGGAUCAGAAGCAGCAACGUACGUAAAGCAAAACGCCAUCAGGCUUUUGUUUGAAGAUGAUAACUUCCCACAGACAUCUGAAGUGAACAGUGUUUAUGUGGAACAAGUCAAGAGUUCGUUGAGAAACGCGUUUCUACAAGCUGAUCUAGCUUUGGCUGAGGAUUGCAGCAUCAGCUCUUCCUCUGGCACCACGGCUCUCGCCGCCCUUAUCUCCGGAAGGCUCUUAAUGGUUGCAAACGCUGGAGACUGCAGAGCUGUUCUUUGCAGAAAAGGGAAAGCUAUAGAGAUGUCUCAUGACCAUAGACCGAUCAAUCUACCUGAGAGAAGAAGAGUGGAAGAAUCUGGUGGUGUCAUUGAGGACGGUUACCUAAACGGAGAGUUAUCUGUAACGCGAGCUCUUGGUGACUGGGACAUGAAACGCCCCCACGGCUCUAACUCUCCGCUUAUUUCCGAACCUGAGAUCAAGCAGAUAACUUUGACCGAGGAGGACGAGUUUCUUGUGAUCGGGUGCGACGGGAUUUGGGAUGUUUUGACGAGCCAGGAAGCCGUUAGCGUUGUGAAACGUGGCUUGAACAGGCAUGGUGAUCCGACGAGAUGUGCGAGAGAGCUCGUGAUGGAGGCUCUGAGGCUGAACACGUUUGAUAACUUAACGGCGGUUGUGGUAUGUUUUGUGACGGUAGACCGAGAGGGUGAGGCGGUGGUUCCUUUGGAGAAGAAACGGUGUUGUAGUCUAACGCCGGAGGCUUUUCGAAGCUUGAGGAAUCUGUUGGAUGGCUAAUAGUUUGAUACUAUAGUGUUCUUGGUGAAACUGAUGAUGACGAAUAAUCUCUCUCUCUCACGCUGCUUUUGUAUAUGGCUCGGACAUAACCUUAAGCAGCUGGGAGAGUCCUUAUUGAGAUAGUGUGUGUAUAUUAUGCGUGCUUGUAUUAUGUGAUAACAAUUUUGUGUACAAACUGUUGAUUGUUGUGUGUAUAGUGAGAAAAAAAAUACGGAUAAGUACAUAAUA